AUAUUUCUUAAACUCAAUGCAGAAUUACAGUAGCAAAAUGUCUUAUUAUUCGAUUUUUAUUUUUUUAAUUCUUAUUGCAGUGGUAGCAUCAAGAAACAUAAUGUUAGGUCCGCCAAUAAUGAGAGGAGAAUGUGGUGUUAAUUCAUUUUGGUCUGAGUGUAGAUCACCCUGUCUAACAACUUGUAGUAAUUUUAAUGACAUUAGAAGUGUUUGUCCUGCGGUCUGUAUGGUGGGCUGUACUUGUAACAAAGGACACGUCAUACAUGACGUCACUCGUCAAUGUGUUUUAAUUUCUGAAUGUAAAAUAUAAUUUUUCAAAAUAAAACCACCAAAAAUUGAA